AUGGAUUUGGUUAAGGGGCCCGAGCGCAAUUCUGAGACCCUCGAGACCAUAUCGCCGACGGCGCUGGCAGAGACACCUGGUGAUCACCCGCUCGACCUUCCGCCUGAGCUGAGUGUCCGCGGCUCCUCCGUUGUAGUUUCUAGCAGCGCUCGUCAUAGUAACGCCGACAGUGGGAGUUUUUCACUGAAUCAUUGGCUUGACCAUUUCGUGCGUGAAACUAUUCGGCUGAGCCACAAGCCGGGUGCGGGGAAGAGUAUACUGCGCAUGCUGCCUCUCAUCCUCUUACCUUUUUCAGUCUCGUUCAGAGCCAUGGGCUACAGGUGGGCCUCGAACAAUGGCACGCCCGAGUUCUCACUCUUCUUGCCAUCGAUGUUUGGAGCGAUCAUCGGGGCUGGACUAGGCUGCUUACUGCUUUUGGCGAAAUUCGGCGUCGAUUCCACACGAAGAUUGUUUCAUAAACAGUAUGUACUCGUGUGUGGCAUAGGUGUGUUGCGCGGUAUCAUGUUUGCGUGUGAAAAUGUUGCGCUCGCAAACGUUGACUCACUAAUCUUCAUUGUGACAAUGAAGUUUGCGAUUGUCCCUUGCCUCUGCAUGGAGGCACUUGCCAUUAAAGCAUGUCCCAUUGAUGCCUUGCAGAUACUGACCAUCAUAAACACACUUCUUGGCAUCUGGUUGUUCUUGAUCUCAUCAUCGUCAGAUGGUGUUGAAAGCAGCAUUCUGGGGAUCGGAUUCUCCAUGGUUGCAUCGAUUCUCGAUGCCCUUGCUGACGUAUCGAUGGGCAAUGUGUCGGGUAGACUUAUGGCGCCAGAAAACGAGGGUGCUGAGCGUUUCCGGUGUAUUGUUGUAAUGGAGUUCUCCAAAGCAUUGAUGCUCACGAUUCUAUCGAUGACAUUUGAAGCACGCGUUUUGCUUGACAAGGGCAUUCUACAUGGAUUCGACUACAAAGUUUGGAUUGGUGCAGUUUUGGGUCCAGAGCUGAAAACAAUCUUGGGUAACGUGAUGGUAAUAGUCAUUGGCGCAGUGCCGGCAAACUUGGCCGGCACCUGGGACAUUGCAGUCACAUACAUGUUCAAGGUGGUAGUUUUCAGGACAGAGGACUUCGGGGCUACAGCUUUGCUUUUGGCAAUGAUUACCUGCUCCAUCUUGGCCUACUUCGUCCACAUGAUACUCCUGGUCAAAUCGCAAGAGGCUGCCUUGAAAGAAGUUCGCGGGAGAAUGUCAAGCGUGUUGAGUCAAGACAGCUUUCUGGAACGGCGUUUGUCGCAACAGAGCCGACGCCUGUCGCAACAGAGCACGGCCCAAUCAUGA